AAUAAAAAGGCUUUCCGGGUCAGUUUCGGUGGGAUCUGAAAUGGUGAGUGUAGAACCCGAGUUACAAACGAGUCAGGUCUGACAAUUAUUUUUGUCAUCAACUUUAAAAAUAGAUCCAAAACCAAAACCUAGUUUGAGAGCCAGACGUUGAAGAAGGACCUCACGAUUCUGUGUUGCGUCUUGCCGUAGGUGGAGCUCGAUUCACACCUUUCACCACGGUUUGCAGUCAGUGAAGUUUGGGGAAUUUUUUGGAUUUGAGGUUUGGGUUUUCGAUGGCGGCUCUUAAGGAGCUUCUUCCUCCGGCAAAAUCAUCGGGGGCUACUCAUUAUGAUCACUCCAACGAUCCGUGGUUCAAGCAGAGGUACAGUGCUGCAGAGGCUGAUCAAUCUGUGACAGUCAAAGUCAAUCUAGUGCCUCUGUAUCGAAAGCGGGAUGGCUUUCGACCCUCCAAGCCUGAGGAUUUUGGUGAUGGUGGGGCAUUCCCUGAGAUUCACUACGCGCAGUACCCUCUUGGUAUGGGUAGGAAGACUGGUGCAAAGCCUGGACAGAAGACAUUGCCUGUUACGGUUGAUGAGCAUGGUAAUGUGACAUUUGAUGCGAUUGUGAAACAAAAUGAAAAUGCUUCGAAGAUUGUAUAUUCCCAGCACACGGACCUUGUGCCCAAGUUUUUGAAAAAUGAGAAAGAGGAGGAUGAAGAGGAGAAAGAGAUUGACGAGACAACCCAACAGACGAAAGCAGAGCUUGAGAAGAUUGUCAAUAGGAGAUUGAGCGCUGCUCAACCAAAAAACGUGCCAACACAAUCUUCUGAUUCGAAAUUCAUCAAAUACAAGCCAUCGCAACAGUCUGCAGCGUUUAAUUCAGGUGCAAAGGAGAGAAUUAUCAGGAUGGUUGAGAUGCCUGUGGACCCAUUAGAGCCUCCAAAGUUCAAACACAAGAGGGUUCCUAAGGCCUCUGGUUCUCCACCCGUGCCAGUGAUGCACUCUCCGCCUCGUCCUGUGACUGUAAAGGACCAACAGGAUUGGAAAAUUCCGCCAUGUAUUUCGAACUGGAAGAACCCAAAAGGGUAUACAAUCCCACUUGACAAGCGCUUAGCUGCAGAUGGUAGGGGGCUUCAAGAGGUUCAGAUUAAUGAUAAUUUUGCAAAGUUGUCGGAAGCGUUGUAUGUAGCAGAACAGAAGGCUAGAGAAGCUGUUGCAAUGAGGUCAAAGGUUCAAAAAGAGAUGAUGAUGAAGGAGAAGGAAAGGAAAGAGCAAGAAUUGCGUGCCUUAGCUCAAAGGGCGCGAUCUGAGAGGACUGGUGCAGGACCCCCGGCUGCUAUUCCAAUUCCUUCUGACAAGAGUAUGAUGGAAGAUGCUGAUAUGAGGGGGGAUUAUGAGCGUGUUAAAGAGAAUCACCAAAAGUCAACAAUUACGGCUGCACAACUCCCAAUUCAAAGGGAAAAAAUUCGUGAGGAGCGGCGGAGAGAGAGGGAGAGGGAGAGAAGGUUGGAGGCAAAGGAUGCAGCAGUUGGAAAGAAGAGUAAGAUUACUAGAGAUAGAGACCGUGAUAUCAGUGAGAAGGUUGCUCUUGGGAUGGCCUCUGCUGGUGCCGGAAGAGGGGGUGAGGUUAUGUAUGAUCAGAGAUUGUUCAACCAAGAGAAGGGGAUGGAUUCAGGGUUUGCUACUGACGAUCAGUACAACGUCUACGAUAAGGGUCUGUUUACUGCUCAGCCCACUCUCUCAACUCUGUACAGGCCGAAGAAAGAUGCAGAUGCAGAUAUGUAUGGAGGUGCAGAUGAGCAGCUGGAGAAGAUUAUGAAGACUGACCGCUUCAAACCUGAUAAGGCAUUCGUGGGUACCAAUGAAAAGGGUGGUCCAAGAGACAGGCCAGUUGAAUUUGAGAAAGAAGCAGAAGAAGCUGAUCCGUUUGGUUUGGACCAGUUCUUGACAGAGGUGAAGAAGGGUAAGAAGGCCAUGGACAAAGUUGGCAGUGGAGGGACUAUGAAAGCAAGUGCCGGGUCAUCGAUGAGAGAUGGGCAUGAAGGAUCAGGCCGGACUCGUAUUGGUUUCGAAAGGGGGCGUUAAAACAACUCUUCAUCGGCUUCAGAUUCCCUGCUUUAUUUACAUCUUUAAUGUUGCUUCAUUUGUGUUGCCUGAAUUUAUAUAGGUUGGGCGGAGCUUAAGCAUAUGAAGUCGUAUGUUUUGGGAAAUGCUUGUACUUGUGUUUGGUAAGUGAGAUUCUCUUUACAUUUUACUGGUUACUGCAAUAAACUAUUAACUUUCUAUAGUGCUGUUCUAUAGUUUUUCUUGCAGUUGGCUACAGUCAA